GUCGCAGAGUGAGGAGCUCUAGCGUGUUAGCAUUGCUUUGUACGUCCAUGGGUCGGAUUGUAGUCCGAUGCGCUGAGGCAGUUGGGGUCUGUCUGGUGUUGACACAGUGGCACGGGGGCGGGGUGCGCUUUUGUUACUGUGUGGUGGUGCGUUUGUGCAUUCCGCACACUGGUGUCUGCAGCCUUGAUUCAGGGGUCUGGUUUCAGUGAGACACGUCCAUCCAGAGCAACGCACACUCUUUCAACAUGCUACCAUACUGCCUGGAUCGCGCACACCCAGACAGCGGCACAGUGACCACAGCCAUUUGGACUGAUGUCUUUGAUAGUGACUGGUAGGGGGAGAGUAUUCGGCAGUGAAGACUGGCCUCAUGCAGUGUGGAAGUCAUGUAGAUGCUGCAUUACUGUGUCGGGGGGGGGGCACAUUCAAACAGGAAAGGACAGCGCUUUACGUAUAUUGCGAUUUGCUCUUUUGUACUCCUGUUAGAAUUUCAACUAACAGGUCAUAUGCAGUUUACUCUUAUCACACUGCACAAGGAAAGUCUUACUUGCUGGUUUUUUAUUGAUUAUACAAAAAAAGACCACAAUAAAAAUAUAAAUAAACACAUUUUGCAGCGAUAUUAAUAAUAAUUAUUAUAAUCGCAACCUCUACGUGCAUAUGAAACCUCUCUGUGUAGUGUUAAUAUAUCUGUGCGUAUAUGGUAGGAGAAGGCAGCCAUGAUUCAGAUUGUUCUCCAAUUAACCAUUGUGUCCCAGGGUGCUCAUGCAUGCGCAUGUUGCUGUGUGUACGAGGGAAGAGCGGGAACUUAUGGCUGUCUAGGCUCUGAGUCACCUGUCUACUCAGAUUACCAAGCUCACUGAUAUUCCUUCAAAUACAUUCUCCUCCCAACCCCAUCUCUCUCUUUUUCUUGGGUAUCUUCCCAUGUUUGCCAACAAUUGUUUGGCCUCCUCCUCUUGCUGCCCCCCCCCCUUUUUCCUUUCUUUAUCUUUCUGUCUGUUGGUCUGAAAUCAAAGUAUUUUAGUCACAUGUUUAGUUUAUGUGUGAAGUAAUAGUGAAAUUCCUACUUUUGCAAGAAUGUAGGGAAAUGUAAAUAGAAAGAUAAAAUGAAUGUGUGCUUGUGUUGGCUGCAGUGUGGAAGUAAAGACAUGUUGGAUUCUGUGAUGGAUGGCAAGCCAAUUAGAGGACCGUUUUCACCCUGCCUAGCUUAUCAAAUCCAGGUGGACAUACCCAUGCAUACACACAUGUUAGGAUACUGUAGACUUGUGGUGCAGGGGAGGGGGGGGCAGAUGCUUAGAAAACAACACAGACACUCUCACACACACACACACACACACACACAUACAUAUAUACAUGCAGAUAUGCAGGCCGGAAAGGAAUGGGCUAACAAAUAACACUCUCUUAUUUCUGGUAAUAAUUCCUGUCCUACUUUUAUGUUUUACUCAGUAGCUGCCUCUCCUCUCUCCUUGCCAACCUACAAAGUUUCUUCUUUUUUUUUUGGUAUGUACCAUAUUUGAACACACAAAGGCUAAUGCUGGAUAGACAACUGUCCAAUUUCAAACGGCAACGCCCGUGUUCUCUCUUGCUGUCCUACUUGCUGUCCUAACUAACACCCUGAUUCCAGAUACCCUGUUGUCCACACACACAUUACAGCACCCAUCUGCUACUGGGAUCAGUAGAGCAGGAUCAGCAACACACUCUGGAUUAUUUUCCUUUACCUGGGGCGUCAGCAUGUCCUCAGAGACAGCUACAAGAUAUUUCCUGGCCAGGCAGCAGAGAGAUACCGCGACAGAUAGAGAGGAAGACAGAGAGACAGAGAGUGUGUGUGAGAGAGAGAGAGAGAGAGAGAGAGAGAGAAUGUGUGAGAGAACCGUCUGUGAUGUUCCUUCUGCUGCUAAGAGCCCAGACCUCAUGCCUUAUUCAUCCUCUCGGUCUAUUCUCUGCCUGUUUGGCAGUGUGGCGAACAACUGGAGAAAGUGGCGUAGUGCUCCAGCAGAGGUCAAUGUGACUAUGUCCAGGAACAGAGAUCAGUGUGACUAUGUCCAGGAACAGAGGUCAGUGUGACUAUGUCCAGGAACAGAGGUCAGGGUGACUAUGUCCAGGAACAGAGGUCAGUGUGACUAUGUCCAGGAACAGAGGUCAGGGUGACUAUGUCCAGGAACAGAUAUCAAUGUGACUAUGUCCAGGAACAGAGGUCAAUGUGACUAUGUCCAGGAACAGAGGUCAAUGUGACUAUGUCCAAGAACAGAGGUCAGUGUGACUAUGUCCAGGAACAGAGAUCAAUGUGACUAUGUCCAGGAACAGAGGUCAGUGUGACUAUGUUCAGGAACAGAGGUCAGUGUGACUAUGUUCAGGAACAGAGAUCAGUGUGACUUUGUCCAGGAACAGAGGUGAAUGUGACUAUGUCCAGGAACAGAGGUCAGUGUGACUAUGUCCAGGAACAGAGGUCAGUGUGACUAUGUUCAGGAACAGAGAUCAGUGUGACUUUGUCCAGGAACAGAGGUGAAUGUGACUAUGUCCAGGAACAGAGGUCAGUGUGACUAUGUCCAGGAACAGAGGUCAGUGUGACUAUGUCCAGGAACAGAGGUCAAUGUGACUAUGUCCAGGAACAGAGGUGAAUGUGACUAUGUCCAGGAACAGAGGUCAGUGUGACUGUGUCCAGGAACAGAGAUCAGUGUGACUAUGUCCAGGAACAGAGGUCAAUGUGACUAUGUCCAGGAACAGAGGUGAAUGUGACUAUGUCCAGGAACAGAGGUCAGUGUGCCUAUGUCCAGGAACAGAGAUCAAUGUGACUAUGUCCAGGAACAGAGAUCAAUGUGACUAUGUCCAGGAACAGAGAUCAAUGUGACUAUGUCCAGGAACAAAGGUCAGUGUGACUAUGUCCAGGAACAGAGGUCAAUGUAAGUAUGUCCAGGAACAGAGGUGAAUGUGACUAUGUCCAGGAACAGAGGUGAAUGUGACUAUGUCCAGGAACAGAGGUCAGUGUGACUAUGUCCAGGAACAAAGGUCAGUGUGACUAUGUCCAGGAACAGAGGUCAAUGUGACUAUGUCCAGGAACAGAGGUGAAUGUGUCUAUGUCCAGGAACAGAGGUCAGUGUGACUGUGUCCAGGAACAGAGAUCAGUGUGACUAUGUCCAGGAACAGAGGUCAAUGUGACUAUGUCCAGGAACAGAGAUCAGUGUGACUAUGUCCAGGAACAGAGGUCAGUGUGACUAUGUCCAGGAACAGAGGUCAGGGUGACUAUGUCCAGGAACAGAUAUCAAUGUGACUAUGUCCAGGAACAGAGGUCAAUGUGACUAUGUCCAGGAACAGAGGUCAAUGUGACUAUGUCCAAGAACAGAGGUCAGUGUGACUAUGUCCAGGAACAGAGAUCAAUGUGACUAUGUCCAGGAACAGAGGUCAGUGUGACUAUGUUCAGGAACAGAGAUCAGUGUGACUUUGUCCAGGAACAGAGGUGAAUGUGACUAUGUCCAGGAACAGAGGUCAAUGUGACUAUGUCCAGGAACAGAGGUCAAUGUGACUAUGUCCAAGAACAGAGGUGAAUGUGACUAUGUCCAGGAACAGAGGUCAGUGUGACUAUGUCCAGGAACAGAGGUCAGUGUGACUAUGUCCAGGAACAGAGGUCAGUGUGACUAUGUCCAGGAACAGAGGUCAGUGUGACUAUGUUCAGGAACAGAGAUCAGUGUGACUUUGUCCAGGAACAGAGGUGAAUGUGACUAUGUCCAGGAACAGAGGUCAAUGUGACUAUGUCCAGGAACAGAGGUCAAUGUGACUAUGUCCAAGAACAGAGGUGAAUGUGACUAUGUCCAGGAACAGAGGUCAGUGUGACUAUGUCCAGGAACAGAGGUCAGUGUGACUAUGUCCAGGAACAGAGGUCAGUGUGACUAUGUCCAGGAAUAGAGGUCAAUGUGACUAUGUCCAGGAAUUGGAAAUGUUUUUACUAAAUAGUUUGUUUUAUAUUAGUAUUAGUGUUUCCUGUCCAAUCUGUUUAGGGUCCUGUCAAGACCAUUUGAGCUGGGUGAACAGUAGAUGCUCAAACUGUCCUCGGGUAGAACACCCAGACCCCCAGUAGAUUCUACUCUGUCCAAGUCAGGCAGAAGUAAGGUGUUAGAGAGCUGGAGAGAGGGAAGAAGAGCGAGAACCCGACAAGGAUGGCAGCAGAGGAGAAACCUGGGGUGAAGAACAGCAGCUCAAUCGUUCCCUGUUUUCUUUUUGUUGAGCUGGUGAUCAUGGCGGGGACGGUUCUCCUGGCGUACUACUUUGAGUACACAGACACGUUCCCUGUCCACAUCCAGGGCUUCUUCUGCUACGACAAGAGCUUCUCCAAGCCCUACCCAGGCCCGGAUGAAACCAGCAAGAUCCCCCCACUGCUGGUUUACUCCCUGGUCACAGGCAUCCCCUGUUUCACGAUCCUGGUGGGGGAGCUAGUAGCAUUCUUUCUAAAGGCUGAGGGGACACAGGAGAAGACCAUAGUAACGGCAGACUGCUGCUACUUCAAUCCUCUCCUGCGGCGCAUUGUCCGCUUUCUUGGGGUGUUCACCUUUGGCCUGUUCACCACUACCAUAUUUGCAAAUGCGGGUCAGGUCGUGACAGGGAACCAGACGCCUCACUUCCUGUCAGCCUGCAGGCCAAACUACACUGCCCUCGGGUGCACGUCCACCAUGCAGUACAUCACGCAGCCCCGCGCAUGCACUGGAAACCCCUUGGUCGUGGCUUCUGCACGCAAAUCCUUCCCCUCUAAGGAUGCAGCCCUCAGUGUCUACUCAGCGGUCUACACUGUGAUGUAUGUGACGCUUGUGUUCCGGACAAAAGGCACGCGACUGACUAAACCUACGGUCAGCUUGACCCUCCUGUGUCUGGCUAUGCUGGUGGGCGUAGUAAGGGUGGCAGAGUACCGAAACCACUGGGCUGACGUUCUGGCUGGCUUCUUCACCGGAGGAGCCAUCGCGGUGUUUCUGGUGACGUGUGUGAUCAACAACUUCCAGCAGGUGCUGCCCCCUCCCCUUCCCCCGCGGCCACAACGCCCUGAGUCGGUCCUGGGCAUGCCCAUGGUGGCUCUGCCCUGUGUGGAGAGUCCACUAGAAAAACUCAGAGGGGAUCUCCUUUUACCGAGAUCACAUGACCAUCAGCCCUAUCGGUUCCCCGCCACCCCAGAUGUCCUCAUACCGUCUCGCUCCAUUUCCAGCGAAGUCUAGAUCGGCCACACGAACACGAACACUCACACGAACACUCACAUGAACACUCACACGAACACUCACACGAACACUCACACCGCUGCUCUUCCCACCCUGCCUGCCACUCCUCUGCCCUCUACAGGUCCUACUCAACACAGGUCUAGACCACCAACACACACACACACACACACACACACACUCACACACACUCACACAUACACAUACACAAGACAGGCAGCGUACUAGGACCCCUGCCAAACCCCCUUCCCUCGCACAGGUCUAACUCCCUGGGGAAUCGAGAGGUGAGCCCUAAAAAAUGAGGCUCACAAAGACUUAACAGCCAUCCAGCAUCACCUUCAGAACGGUGUCAGGUGCAGGUCUGCUUCUUGUUUUUGUUGUAUGGACUUCGUUGUGCAAAGUAUGAAGCUCACUGAUGUCACAAUGUGAUUUCUAAUCUUGUACUGCUUGUGAACAGUCCGAAUUUCAUGGACGUGCAUUCAUUUAAGGGCAGUGUUCGUUUGUUUUGUCAACUGCCUGUUGGAGUUUUCCUCUUGGGCAGUGCAGCCAGUCAUCCUGAAACACUUCAGUCCUUGGUAUCCUUGUGUACUUCAAAGAUGAAUACGAACAACUGCUCCAUGAGCUCUCUCUGCGGGCACCAGAGCUUAUUUUAAGUUUUCUAGAACAAGGCAAUCGUUUUGGACCAACUAACUGCACCAGUUUCACACACAAUGCUUUGUGUGAUACAGAACUGAUGCAUGAAUCGCUUUCUGUAGCAAAUUUGGUACUUAGUUACUGUACAUUCAAAAUACUGGAUACACAACAUAGACACACACACACAAAGAUAAGGAGCAUGGUAGGACUACACACAAGCAUUACCUGUCUGGCGGUCUCCAACCCGGCAUGACUCAGCUGAAAGGAUUUUGAUUGUAUCGCUGAGAAGCAUUAAAACCAACAGGAUGGAAAUGCAGACACGGUUUAUGGCUCUCCCUUCCAUCUGUUGCAGCUGCAAAAAGUCGGAAUGAAACAGAUCAGAUUUGCUUAGACACGUGGAGACAUUUCCAGGUGUAUCCCAAGUGACAGGACAUGAGCUUUGUAAAACAUGUCAUAUUUUCUUUUGCACUCAACGAAUUGGAACAGGGAACCUUGGUUACCAAAGCAUUUUCAUUGUGAUGUUGCCAAAAGACUUGUUUACACACACAUCACUUUGAGAUGGAAUGGAGUUAUGGAACACCAAACUGGGACAAAAAAAAGCAAGAUCACGUGCUGUACAGAGACAGUAUCUCCAAUGGACUGUCCCGAUUCAUUUGAUUCUUUAAUUUAUUCAUCUAUUUAUUUAUUGAUGUGUAUUUAGUGUUGUUGCUGCUGAGAACCGAUUUGAUGAUCUUGAUUUGCACAUCCCUCUCACAUCUCCCCAUCUUUUUCUACUGCUGCUCUUGGUUUCAUUUCUCUCUUUAUGUUGUAUCUUUCUUGACUGUACUGUCACUCGGCUGUGCAAUGUUUCCCUCUGCUGGACAACACACACACAAAAACACAUGCUGAUGAACAAACCCAGAUACGCUCCCAUUCGAUGUGCAUGUAGCUCCACAUCCACAUCCACCCGAGCUAACACAAAAUCAGACAUACCUCUCCUAAUCUUCAGCCUAUGCCUCCCCUCUUUUCCACUUUCUUACACUGAAAAUUAUUUGUAUAGUUUUGUAAAUAGUUCUUUUUUGUAAUAAGAACGUGAUUUUUACACAGACCACCAAACUCCUUGCACAUGAUGUUGUUGUGGAGAGACAGGACACUGAAUCAGAUCAAAUACAUACUGUACAGGAAUGUAUGCUAUGGUCUGGGGUCCGCACUAAAUCAAGCCUGGAACAUGUCCCCUAUGGUAACAUUGGUAUCCUGUCAUGGUUUUGUUUUUCUUGAAUAUUUCACCUUCCAGCUCCAACCCAUGCUGUUGACCCCGCAGUCCGUAAAUUAGGGAAAGGCACUAUGGUGUCAGCCUUGAUGAGUUUUGUUGGUCCAGUGCCACGACUGUAGAAUCAGGAAAGGAGAAAAGAAGAGUGAUUAUUUAAAUAGGGUUUCAAAAUGUGUGUGUUUCUAUUUCAUGGGCCAAAUGAUCGGAUGAAAGAGUUAAAAAAAUGAACAAUGCAGUAACAUGUGAAUAAAAAAGAAGCACCAUUUUCUUUUGAGGUGUUCUGAGUUUUAACACUUAACUUCAUCUUGAUACAAUGUACCCUCUGUUUUGUAAAGAUUUGUCUGAUCAGAAUAAUAAAUGGAUAUUGCAGUAAAUGGA